AUGGCGCAGCCUCCGCCCGCCGCGGACGGCCAGCGCACGACCGAGCCGUCCACCCCACCCACUGUCGCCGCGAUGCCAUCUGUCACCGAAACGUCGACUGCGGCCUCUCCGUCUGCACCACCCACCACGGACGCCGUCUCUCCCACUGCCCUCGUCGUCCCUGACACCGAGGCCGAGGACGCGUCUCCUGAAACGACCAUGGUUGAUCUACCGACCGCCGCCGCACCGCCCCUUCCCUCGGCUGAAGAAUGGCUCAACAUGACCUUCAAGUGGUCUGGCAAGGCGUACGACGUGCGCGUGAGCACUAGUGACCUCGUCUUUGACCUGCGCUCGCAAAUCGAAUCCCUCACGUCGGUGCCUCCCGACGCGCAGAAGAUUCUCGGUCUGGGCCGUGGCAAGCUCUCUACCGACUCGGACGGGCAGCGUAUCGGCACGCUGGGGCUCAAGGACGGCGCCAAGUUUACGCUGGUCGGCACGCCCGAGCACCUGCGCUUCAAGGAGCGCGAGGGCCCGCCACCGCUCGACGAGUGGGACCUCGCGUACCCGACCAGGGGAAGGGACCUUGGCGCGAGUAACGCGUUGCCGCCUGCGCUGGACCCGAGGAACGUGAGGCGGGUGGAGCAGAUUAUCAGGAAGAGGGAGAUCACGGUCAUGAACGAGCCGCGUCCUGGUAAACGCCUCCUGGUCCUCGACCUUGAUUAUACGAUUGCGGACACGCGCCCGCUCCUGGACGGCGCGCUGCCACCCUUGGAAUGUGCGCGUCCGGGCUUGAACGACUUCCUCCACCGUGUCUACCCCCACUAUGACAUUGUGGUGUGGAGCCAGACCCACUGGAUGUGGCUCGAGAGCAAGCUCGUCGAGCUCGGCGUACUUGGCGGCGGGGCCAGGUACCAGAUCUGUUUUGUUGCCGACCGCACGUCCAUGUUUCCGAUCUUCAGCGAGCGGGGUGGCCAGAUGGUCAAGCACGAAGUCAAGCCCUUGGCGUACUUUUGGGCGCGGUUCCCUCACUGGUCAUCGAAGAAUACCAUCCACAUUGACGACCUGGCUCGCAACUUUGCUCUCAACCCUUCCUCUGGACUCAAGAUCCGCGCAUUCAAGACUGCAGGCACCGCCGAGGGACGGCGUGACCGCGAGCUGUACAGGCUGGGUGACUAUCUCGUUGAAAUCGCCCAGAACGUUGACGACUUUACAACGCUGGACCAUGCUCAAUGGAAGAAACGCCGGUCCGCGAUGAUGCCGCGGAUGGACGACGAACCGGCAGGCCAAGAGCCCGGCAGCAGCAGCGGCGGCGACAGCGGUGGGGGGCCACCAGGUGGUCCCGAAGCCCCCGCACCGCAGUGA